CGUUCACUUCAAAGUGCCGGCUCUAGAGCUAUUUUGUUCCUGACCGACACGACACAUCGCUUGUGUGAGCUUAUGGUCGCUGUUUAUGACACAAGUCGCGCCAAUGUGGUGGAAUGGACGGAGCUGUGGACAGAGGAGACAGGUCGGCCCUCAGCAGCACGUCGAAACCAACAGGAGCCCAGGAAGCUCUGCACCAGUGCCGACUCAUCCAGAAUCUGGUGGACAUCUCGAUUAGCAGCCUCCUGUCUCUUAGGACAAGAUGCGCCGCAUCCAACGACUUCACCCGGCGGGAGAUCCGUACUUUAGAGGUGAAGCUGACCAAGUACAUGUGGACACAGCUACAGCUGAGGCAGAGGAUACCAGAAGGAGAAAGACCUGAAGCUCUCGCUCAAUACCCAAGACUGGAGGACUGGCUCCUCACAGCUGACCUCACGCCACAGUUCAUACAGGCUGCAGCAGGGAAGCUCUCGGUGGACAGCUUGCUGCAGAUGUCCAGCUCUGAGCUGCAGGACAUGAUGAGACGCCUAAGCUCCAACUCAGAGGAUCGCUCUCGCCUCACUACUGCUCUCUCCUGUCUAAAGAGUGUUAAUGAAACAGGAGGUGAUCUGAGGCAUAACUCAGGCUCCUGCAGUUCUGAGUCACAACAGGACAGCAGUCCCUUUUCUCCUAUUAGACCCUCUUUAAGCUCUGGUAGCCCUUUUACCUCAUUAAAACCCAACAGCAAUCAUGGCCGCUCCAUCUCUAUAUCAGUGGUACCCUGUUCAGAUGACCAGAGACCAACUGUACCAGCUGAGAACAUGAGUGAUCCGUUCUCUUUGGAAUCAAGCACCCCUUCGCUAACACAGGUCUCAAAGACCCACACGUUCAAGUCCUCCCACACACCACCACCACCCUCUCGCAAACUGUUGCAACUGCUUCCCAAUAUUGCACUGACAAAAAACAAGAGUCAUGACUCACAGCCGACCAACCGCAACGAGGAUCCUGGGACACGCAAGGCCUGUAAGAAGAAGAAAGUGUUGGCUGCUAUUCAGAUCAACGGCUCUGGGAUCAGUUCUGAAGAUUCAGGUCUAAGAUCACCUCUGCUGUCUGCCCAAACACCUGGCCCUGUCCCAGCCUCAGCUCCAUACAUGAUGCCCGUCGCCCCCAUCUUACUGGACAAUCUAGCCAUGCAGAGAAGUUCCCCCCAUACAAUAAGAAGAGACAUUGGCCUGGCUGUAACCCACAGGUUUUCGACUAAGUCCUGGCUCUCCCAAACAUGUCAAGUUUGUUCUAAGAGCAUGAUGUUUGGUGUCAAGUGUAAACACUGCAAGUUAAAGUGCCAUAACAAGUGUACCAAAGAUGCACCUUCAUGUCGGAUAUCAUUUGCUACAUUGCCAAGGAUGCGUAGGGCAGAAUCGGUACCAUCAGACAUCAACAAUCGGAUUGAUCACACAGCCGAAGUCUCAGUGCAGUUUGGCACCUUACCAAAGGCACUAACCAAAAGGGACCCUGUCCCCAGUAUUAACCAGCUGGAAUCCAGCAGUAACCCGUCAUCAGCCACCUCUUCCACACCUUCCUCUCCAGCACAUUUCCAGCAGAGUAACCCUUCAAGCGUAAGUGCCACCCCCCCACCUAACCCAUCACCACAGAGCUCCUGGGACAACCGCUUCAACUUCCCAGAUGUUCCUGCCUCCACAUGCAGCAUUCAGCAUUCUGGCAGUCACAAUGAGUCUGGGAUGGUGAUUACUGAGACACAAAUAACAGCCACAGAACAGGGAUUGGAAGAGGAAGGAGAGGAAGGAGAGGAAGAUUACACAGCUAUGGAUAAAGAAGAAGCUGACCAGACUGACACAAAAAAGAGUUAUUCCAAGGAAGAGUAUGAUGAAGAUGGUCUGGAUGAUCUACCCUCUUCUAUAUGCCGCCGUCAGGCUGUUGGCCGUUCUGGGGUCCCCAUCUCUCGUAAGGUCAGCCAGACCAGUGUCUACCUCCAGGAGUGGGACAUCCCGUAUGAGCAACUACAGCUGGGAGAGCUUAUUGGAAAGGGUCGCUGGGGUAAGGUGCAUAAAGGUCGCUGGCAUGGUGAGGUGGCCAUUCGCCUUCUAGAGAUUGAUGGCAACAAUCAGGAUCAUCUGAAAGUCUUCAAAAAAGAGGUUAUGAACUACAGGCAGACCAGGCACGAGAACGUCAUCCUGUUCAUGGGUGCAUGCAUGGCUCCUCCUCAUCUUGCUAUUAUCACCAGUUUCUGUAAGGGUCUGACUCUGUAUUCUGUUGUAAGAGAAAGAGGUCACCUGCUGGACAUAAAUAAAACCAGACAGAUUGCACAGGAAAUCGUUAAGGGAAUGGGUUAUCUUCAUGCUAAAGGCAUCAUUCACAAAGAUCUGAAGUCCAAGAAUGUGUUCUAUGACACAAACAAGGUGGUGAUUACAGACUUUGGCCUGUUUGGAAUGUCUGGUGUGGUACAAGAAGGCAGAAGAAAGAAUGUGCUGCGGAUACCACAGGGCUGGAUCUGCUACCUGGCUCCAGAAAUUGUUCGAAAAUUGAGCCCAGAGGUUGAUGAGGACCAGCUGCCUUUCUCCAAAGCUGCUGAUAUUUAUGCUUUUGGCACAAUCUGGUAUGAGCUGCAGAUGCGAGACUGGCCAAUUACCAACCAGCCUGUGGAAACUAUAAUCUGGCUAGUGGGUCGUAAUGAAGGCAUUAAGAAUGUGCUGUUAGAGUCCAAUCUGGGCAAGGAGGUCACGGAGAUCCUGUCUGCCUGCUGGUCCCUUACGGCAGAUGACAGGCCACCUUUCACCCAGCUAGCAGGCAUGCUGGACAGACUCCCUAAACUCAACCGCAGGCUUUCUCACCCUGGACACUGGAAAACAACAGAGACACUGGAAAAUCAUGAAUGCCUGAGACAUCACUGCCAUCAGCAUAUCACUAAGUCAGGCAGUGAGAGCUUGUUAAAUUGACUGAAAAUAUGAUAUGAAAGAUGCAGCUCUGACAGAUUUCCUAUAAGAUCGGAUAUUAUGCAUGCACCAGCCAAAAUUUGUAUUCUAGAUGAAAACCAGCAGAUGAAACCUUUUAAGUUCUGUCAGGGAUGUCACUUCUGCUCACGAGUUGAAUGAGAUGAAUGAAGAUUAUAGAUUAUAAGUAAAUGAGGAAGUAAUUUCGGACACCACUGAAAACAGUGACAUCAUAAUACCUGGGUCUAAAAGUGCUUUGCUUUCAUCUUUAUCUCUUUUCCCUUGAUUAACCUGUGUGCCUACUUCCCCCCACAUUUCUAACUCCCAACCUUCAGUGAAUGUAAUUCUUCUUAUAUAUGUUUAAAUGUGAGUGUAGGCAUAGUCUCAUGGCUGUUUGAGUUAUCUGCAUAGUUAACUAAGAGCUGCUGGUUUCAGCUCUUAGUUAAUUUAAAAUACAUUUUACUUCAAGGGUUCCACCAGAGUUUACUUUCAAAGGGUCAGUUCACAAUAUACACCCAGUAAUUUUUUAAGUUACUUAAUAGAAAAAGUGUUGUGCUUAUAAAUAUACAUUGAUUAUUAUGUAAUUAUGAUGCAGUCUCAUAAACUUAGAAUUAGUCCAAUAAAAUACAUCAGUGCAGAUUUCUUCUAAUCUUCUUCUAAUCUUGAGUUGUUGAUUUAGUUUUUUCCAGAGUUUAUUGUCCUACAGCAGCCACCAUAGCUACCAUUAGGUACUUGAAUUGGAAGAGAAGAAAACAAAAUUCAGUUGGCUGCAAUCUAGUGACAUCUAGUGGAGAGAAACCGACAGCUCUUUGCAGAAAUUGCUUUUUGGUUUGUUUGUUUUUUGUUGUUGUUGUUGUUGGUUUGUUUUUACAAAUUUUCUACACACUGAAGAAUAUGAAUAUAGAAAUAAUUUUAGCAUUAACAGUCUGACUCAAACAGUCUCUCAGUCUGCCACUGUUCUAAUGUGGAAUUUCUGCCUCUUUGAUUCAUAAUAUAUCUCCAAAACUGAAAGUGUUUGCCCAGACUGAGUUCACUGUAGUGCAAAAGGCACCAUGGAAAUCAUUUACCUCUCUACCGAAGUAAUAAAUAUCACAGACAGAUAUGAGUUACUAUUUAUGUUCCACUUUGGCACAAUGAAAGAUAAAGAUGAUUGAACUGACCCUUGGAAAAGCGAUUCCCUCAAAAUAACAACUUUGCUUUUUUUACUUCUGUUGCAAUUUUAUAAGAUUCCCUGAAGCUAUGAAAUAGCUAAGUAGUUAUGAAUAGAUGACAAAUGUUGUGGUAUCGAAACCACGAUAGAAAGACACUGCAGUGCUCCAACAACACUUGACAGAAUGCAGCUGUCGCACACUGCCACCUGAUUAGUCAUCAUUAAUUUAUCAGAGGGCAAACCACUGAGUGAUACCACCCACAGUGGGAUAUAAGAAGAGAUAAAAGUUAUCGGUCUACUUUAACUUCUUAUAGGACAACAGUAAGCGGAAGCACAGUAAUAGAAAGAAUGUUUUCAUUAUAAUAUAAGGAAGAUUGUGACAAGAAGCAGUGCACCCUUGCGCAAUUUGCAUUAGUGAGCAAGACAUGGCUGUUGUGUUUGUGAGUUUUCUUUCCUCAGGCUGUACAUUCACCAAAAGUGUUUGUAUGUAAUGGUUUCACCAGUAGGGCAAAGCCCAAUUUAUGAUGAGAAAAUUGAACUAAUGCAUAUAUGUAAAUACAAUAUUUUACUGCACGUUGUAUUUUAUACAUGUUUGUGCAAGGGUUGAGUUUUAAAAUGUUUUUGUUGGUACUAUAUUUAUGUAUGAGACUGUUGUUGGUGGAUUGUUUUCCUUUUCUUGUUUCCAUUUUUCUGUUUUUUGUUGAUACUUUCAAGGCUUUUUGUCUGAACAAUUUAAGACAUUAAACUUGAUAUUUUGAUAAGUGA